GUCACCAAUAUAGCGCAUCUCCACUUUUUUCUAAGCGAAUUUCAACUUUUAACACAAAUAUUAUGCUAAUCGUGGUCUGAUAUGGAAUUAAUUCAGACCACUUCUUGUUUGUCAAGUUUAUAUCCCAGUAUAAAUAUAUCGGCAGAUUGCAUAAAAUAUAACAGUAUCUGUGGACACGAAGCAUCAGGUAUACCGUCGACAACUAAAACCCAAAAAUGUACAAAUUCGUCUGCCUGUUCGCCUUCUUGGCCGCCGCUAGCUCAGCCCCGGCCCCAGCCCCUAAGCCCGGCUACCACUUCGACCAUAUCGACGCCCCGUUGAUCGAAACCGCCCCCGUCAUUGCGACCGCCCCCUACGUACACGCCGCCCCCAUUGUGCACGCAAUUGAGACUCCAGUCGUCGCAGCUGCCCCAUACCAUGCUGUACAUGCAGAACCCAUAAUAGCUGCACCAGUGGUUCACCCCGCAGUUCCUAUUGGAGGAUAUGCCGCCAAUUACGUAGCACCUUCUUACGCUUACCACGGAGAUUUGGGACAUCACUAUUGGUGAUCAAGUG